GGAGAUGGUAGGGGUCCAUCUAUGAUGUGCUCACAUACAUGCUCCACGAACUCUUGUUUCUUUUACUUUAACUUCUUCUUUUUUAACAAUUUGAAUGAAACAUAUUUAUACAUCUUAUCUAUGACUAUGACUCGCACAUAUUUUCUCAGAAUUUUAUUUAUUUUAUUGAAAGCCAAUCUCUCUCAUUUGCGCCUAUAAAUAGCAACCCUCUCUCAUUCUACAAGUCUCACAUCAAAGCAAUUAACAAAUACACAACUUGUAACUUCAAAUAGAUUACUUUCAAAGAAGAGAGAGAGAAAGAAAGAUGGAGAAGAACAUGAAGUUUCCAGUAGUAGACUUGUCCAAGCUCAAUGGGGAAGAGAGAGACCAAACCAUGGCUCUAAUCAAUGAAGCUUGUGAGAAUUGGGGCUUCUUUGAGAUAGUGAACCAUGGAUUACCACAUGACUUAAUGGACAAGAUCGAGAAGAUGACAAAGGACCAUUACAAGACAUGCCAAGAACAAAAGUUCAAUGACAUGCUCAAGUCCAAAGGUUUGGAUAAUCUUGAGACAGAAGUCGAAGAUGUCGAUUGGGAAAGCACUUUCUACGUUCGUCACCUCCCUCAAUCCAAUCUCAAUGACAUUUCAGAUGUGUCUGAUGAAUACAGGACGGCCAUGAAAGACUUUGGUAAGAGACUGGAGAAUCUUGCUGAGGAUUUGUUGGAUCUACUGUGUGAGAAUCUAGGGUUAGAGAAAGGGUAUUUGAAGAAAGUGUUUCAUGGAACAAAAGGCCCAACCUUUGGGACAAAGGUGAGCAAUUAUCCACCAUGUCCUAAACCAGAGAUGAUCAAAGGUCUUAGGGCCCACACUGAUGCAGGAGGCAUCAUCUUGUUGUUUCAAGACGACAAGGUCAGUGGUCUCCAGCUUCUUAAAGAUGGUGACUGGAUUGAUGUUCCUCCUCUCAACCACUCUAUUGUCAUCAAUCUUGGUGACCAACUUGAGGUGAUAACCAACGGGAAGUAUAAGAGUGUGCUGCACCGUGUGGUGACUCAACAAGAAGGAAACAGGAUGUCGGUUGCAUCGUUUUACAACCCGGGAAGCGAUGCGGAGAUCUCACCAGCUACUUCGCUUGUCGAGAAAGAUUCCGAGUACCCGAGUUUCGUCUUUGAUGACUACAUGAAGCUUUAUGCAGGGGUCAAGUUUCAGCCCAAGGAGCCACGGUUCGCAGCAAUGAAGAAUGCUUCUGCAGUUACAGAACUGAAUCCUACAGCAGCCGUAGAGACUUUCUAAAAAUGGAUUUGAGAUUCAAGUGAAGCAGAGAAAGAAAGAUGAGUUUGUGUUGUGUGUUAUGGCAAUAAGUUAAAACUUGUAUUAGUGUUGAUUAAUUGUUGGUCAAUUGGUGUGUUUUAAAGUGUGGGGUGUUUAUGUUUAUGGAAGAUGAUAAUAAUUAUAAAAAUCUAAAUUCUAAGAGUUCU